AUGUACUCUCAACGACCGACACAACCUGGCUCAAUGCUUCAGCAGGGCUCCACGGCGUUUCCCACUCCUCCUGCGUCCACCGCAGGCUCUCCUCAAGAACUUGAACAGGCCCCUCUCAUCAGUGUUUCAACUUACUUCCAUCCAACUGCUAACAUCAUCCCCUACGUCGACCCGGACGUCGUUCUCGCCUCAUCGGACUCAGUUUACUUCUACGUGCAUCGUCAAAAACUUCUGCAUCGAUCGUCCAACAACUUUGCGAAUCUUCUCCCAUCUUCAUCUACUUCCCAGACCGACCUCCAGCCUUAUGUGCACAACAGAUCUGCACCUCCCCCACCUCUCUCAUCGCCACCCCUCCGUGGAUCGGAGCAUCCGAAUUCUCCUCAUCAACAUCACACUAGCCCCUCAUCUCGUCAACCCAACCCACGUCCCGCAACACCCCAGACGCUCCUAGUUGUCCCGGAGCGCUCAGAUGUUCUCAAUAUUCUCCUCCUUGCAAUUUACAACGUAUCCGCAGAACGCUAUGCACCCUCACUUGAUACGCUCAGUUUGGUACCCCAAGCCAUGAUCCGUUACGGUUACAACCCUCCGGAGCUGAUAAACCCAAACACGGAAAUCACAAGACUGAUUCUGCAUCACGUUCGCGCGGACGCUCUGCGAGUGUACGUACUUGCGGGAUUGUACAACCUGGAGUCGCUGGCUGUUUCUGCCUCACGUCAUGUGCGGUCGGUUGCGACGAUAACGGACGAGCAAGCACUGAUGAUGGGUAGCAUUUAUUUACGGCGAAUUAUGCAACUGCAUGUAAACCGGAUCGCGGCGCUGAAGAGCAUUCUAUUCGUCAAGCCGGAUGGACACCGCCCGGGACAGCCACCUUGUGAUGGUACAGACCAAAGAGUGCAGCGCGCUUGGGCGCUUGCGACGGCAUAUCUAGCGUGGGAAGCAAGGCCGGACAUGCCCUCGGUGGAGAUUGCAAAGAGUUUGGCGCCACUCCUCGAUCAUAACAGGAUUUCUGCCGUCUUGAACGCGUGGGCUCAUGUCAAGGACACGAUCUGA